AUGUACAGGCAAAUCUUGAUAAGGCCUGAGGAUCGAGUGUGGCAACACGUACUAUGGCGUGAAUCCCCUUCCUUGCCUGUUCAAGAAUUUGAACUUCGUACGGUCACAUACGGAGUCAAAAGCUCGCCGUACUUAGCGAUCCGAACAUUACAUCAAUUAGCUACAGAUCACGGUGAUCAGUUUCCUCAUGCUGCUGAAGCUCUUCGGCAUCAUACUUAUAUGGACGAUAUUACUACAGGUGCUUCCUCAGUCGAAGCAGCCUCUCAACUUAAAGAAGAUUUAAUCAAUCUCCUUAAUUGUGCUCAGCUAGAUUUGCGUAAGUGGAGCAGUAACAGCCCUUUAUUUCUUCGAUCGUUACCCAUGGAACAUUGUCAGUGUCCGAAGACAUUUUCUGAUGAUAGUUCUAUAAAGCUUAAGGUUUUGGGAGUUCAAUGGGAUCCUGAGGAAGACUAUUUCACUUACUCCGUCUCUCCUGUGAAUGUGGAGUUUACGAAACGUUUAAUCCUGUCCCACGUAGCUCGUAUUUAUGAUCCGUUGGGUAGGCUUUCACCUUUUAUUCUUUUAGCCAAACUACUUCUUCAAAACUUAUGGCGUAUUUGA